AUGACAUCAAAUGUCGGAGUACAAACGCCGAGUGUAGCAAUUGGCAACAACCUCAGUUACUAUCUCAUAAUUGCGACAACAUUAUUCUUGGUUUGGUUUUUCCAACCCGACAAAUCCAAUGGCGUUUCGGCACCGUUCUACAAGGCCUCGAGGAUGAAGUGGAUGUUUAGUGCCGACUCUCUCGUUCGCGACAGCUACAACAAGUUUAGGGAUCAAGUAUAUCAGAUAAAAGCAACUGAGGGCGUCAGGACUCUGAUACCGGCAAAUCUGGUAGGCGAGCUGAAAGGCUUACCUGAAGAAGUACUCAGUGCCUCGGUAGCGAUUAGCGAGGCUAUGUUAGUCGAGUAUACCAAGUUCACCUUCGGCAACCACGCAGACACGAUGCACUUGCUUUUGAAGGGCAAGUUGACGCAACAACUGGGGCGAUUGGUACCAAGACUCAAAUCAGAACUCGAAUAUAUCGAAAGAACUGAGUUUGAGGAAUGCAAAGACUGGACGCCCAUGACUAUUCAACCGUUCAUCCUCCGAGCUGUAUCGAGGUUAAGUGGUAGUGUCUUUGUUGGAGCAGAGCUUGGACGCACCGAGGAGUGGAUGGAUCUCAGCAUCAACUACGCUGUAAGAGCAUUCAUGGUUGUGAUCAAACUACAAUUUUUCCCGACUUGGAUCCGACCUAUAGCGAAGUACUUGGUAUCGGAGCUAAAACAGAUCGACCGGGAUGUCGCCAAAGCAACAGAGCUGUUAAAGCCGAUAAUUGAUGAGAGACUACAAGAUGAGGAGUUGGAUCCGAGUGGCGAAAGACCAGACGACUUUGUACAGUGGUUAUUGGAUGCCCUGCCGGAGGAGCAAAAGAGGGAUUAUUGCAUGCAGGCAAAACUACACCUAAUCUUAUGCGCUGCGGCAAUCCACACAACAAGUAACCUGGCGACGGACUGUAUCUACGACCUGGCAACAUAUCCAGAACACCAAGAAGUAUUGCGAAAAGAGGCACACGACAUUCUCGAAGAUGGUGAUGGCUGGACGCGAAAGGAGAGCAUGGCGAAGCUAAAGAAAAUGGACAGUUUUAUCAAGGAGUCGCAACGCCUUGCCGGAAACGUCACCUCUUUCAUCCGCAAAGUCGUCAAGCCCAUAGAUUUAUCAGACGGCACUCACCUGCCCUCAGGAACCAACCUGCUGGCUCCUCAAAUUGGCUUUAGCCAUGAUGAACGAUACUUCCCUGCACCCGACGUCUUCGAUGGUCUGCGUUUCUGGAAAAUGCGACAGCAGUCCGAUGAAGCUGCAAACAGGUGGCAAUUCACCAGCAUUGACAACCACAAUAUUAAUUUUGGUCUCGGGAAACACGCUUGUCCCGGUCGCUUCUUCGCUGGCAACGAGAUCAAGGUCAUUCUAUCGCAUCUCGUGCUCAACUACGAUAUCAAGCUCGAAGACGGCAAGGGACGGCCAGAGCCAACGAUGUUCAUGAUGAGUAAGAUUGCCAACUCAAAAGCUGAGAUCCUAUUUAAACGACGAACGGUGGCAUAG